AUGAAGGUUCUAAACUUUAUUUUUGCACUGAUCCUUCUUGCUGUCAUGGUUCAUGUUGAGACAACCCUAGCUGGUAGGGUAUUGAACAUGAAGGAACAACUCAGUCUUAUGUCUAUAGACGACAAGGGUCCUGUGCCUCCCUCAGGGCCUUCAACCUGCACAUAUAUCCCCGGAACUGGAGGCACAAACUGCCCCCCUGCCAAGGAAAUGAACAUUGUCGCAGAAAACACUCAGCACCACAGUCAUGGAACUACUUUUCCUCGUCUUGUUGUUCAGUUUGGAGACCUUCGUGAUUUGAUAUCAGAGGAAGGAAUUCAACAUCAACUGGAUAAACGUGUGUCAAUUUUGUGCGAAUUGAAGUGGUCAACUUUGCUUGCAGAAGUUCGUAGCAUUCUUCUGGAGGCGUUUCUGGCAUUGGCAAUGGCAGCUAGAGUGAGUUCAAAAAAAUCUGAUUCAUGGUAUCUGCUUGGGACAUGUACACUCAGAUUGAUUACAACACUACAGUAUCGAUUAUGCAAUUUAUUUGGCACUAGAGUAACAUCAAGAUUCAACUGUGAUGGCGACGUUGGAGAGAUUAGACUCACCUUAUGCACCUAUCCCACUUUCCUGUGCCAGAUGCAGGAUCUGACCAACUUUUUCUUUUCUUGUUUUCAUGGAAAACUUGGUUACUUGGAUACAUACAGUAUAACUCAUAGAAAUCGUAAACCAAAAGGCACGAGUCACACAAUUAAUAGACUCAAGGAUAUGGUUGCCAAUAUAAAUACCCACCCCUACUGUGAUACUUCAUCUAUCAAUUCUGUCAAGUCCUCAGCUGAGGUUCUAACAAACACCAUGAAGGUUCUAAACUUUAUUUUGGCAUUGAUUCUUUUUGUUGCCGUGGUUCAUGUGGAGCCAAACCUAGCUAGUAGGGUAUUGAAGAUGAAGGAACGAGUGAGUCUUGUGUCUCUGGACAACAAGGGUCCUGUGCCUCCAUCGGGGCCUUCAACCUGCACAUAUAUCCCCGGAACCGGUGGCAAAAAUUGCCCCCCUGUGGAGGAGAUUAUGAAUGUUGAAGAAAACACUCGGCACCACAGUGCUGAAACUGAAACUUAUCGUCGUCUUGUUGUUCCAAGUGGUGUUGCUACUAAUCAACAUUGA